ACUUGACACUCGCCGGCAUGGUGGUUUUCCGUCUUGAAAUCGUCAGAGUGCAGCCGGUGUCCUUGUGUGUUCUCUCACAGACAGGAGGUGUUGGUCAGCGGAGUGCACGUGCGCGCACACACACACGGAGGAGGAGGAGGUGAAGGAUCGGAGAGUCGCUGUCCUCCCACGUCACGAGCCGCAGCGUCCUCCUCUGACCGCCUUGUCCCCUGCACGUGCAGCCGAGGUCUCCUUGGGUGACCUCCACGCCGCCUUAUCGCAGGAGCAGGUCGGGGUUCGGCUGGAGCUCCACACCUGCCGGUUCGCAGAAUUCGAAGGUUUGAGGCCGAGUGGGGGAGCAGCGCGCUGCAGGAGCGCGUGCAGAGAAAACAAACAACAACAACAACAACAAAAACCAGACGCUGGGGUGAACUUUUUGCCUCUCACAUGAUGUACACAAUCACCAGAGGUCCCAGCAAACUUGUUACACAACGGAGGACAGGUCCCACACAACAAAUCGACAACAAAUUCAACGAUUUGAAGGUUAAACCGACUUCUUGGCUCACAUCAAAUUGUCCACCUCCAAAGAUUGUGUUCAGUCGUCUUAAUGGGAAGCAUUACCGUGCUGCAGCCACGCACCCAUCUGACUGCCGAGCUGAGGGAUUCACUCCUGCACAUGAAGAAAACGUCAGAUUUGUGUAUGAAGCGUGGCAGGAGGUGGAGCAGCAGCUUCGGGGCAGCGGGGAGUCAGCUGAAUGUCAGGGGCCCAUUCAGUAUACUGAAAAGAAUUCCAGUGCUAUCAUGAAGAACUUUGUGCCGAUAGACCUGGAGGAGUGGUGGGCUCAGCGCUUCCUUGCCAACAUUAAUAGCCUGUCUUGACUUGGUGAGGCUUUGAGCUCAAACAUGAGAGCAGAUGAUGCCCUGUUAGGGGAAGAAUCAUGAAGGUGGACCCACGUCCGUCUUCAGGAACUGCGGCUUGAAGGGUCAUCAUGUGUAGUUUGAUCUGACAUCAUGUGUGCACAAAACUGCUGCAGCUGUAAGAACAGCACAACCUGAUGUGCAGUUAUGAAGUCUGUCUUUCUACUUGAGUGAUUUGUGGGAUUGAAGUUGUGAGAUUGAAUCUGUCUUUUUUCCAGUGUGCUCAGCUGUGUUUCUUAGCUGAUCUUUUGCACAUUAAGUGCAAAACCAGUAAAAUGUUUUUUCAAGAGA